GUGAAUUACCGAGCCAAGUUCAAGUUGCUUUUACAGGACGCCACAAAAUGCCUAGGACAGUCACCUGUUGUUUUAUGGACUCUCUUUCAAAUAUUGAGCCUCUUCACUCUUGGCAAUCAUUAUUAGCAUUUCUGAUUGGUCACGACCUGCUUAAUUCAGUGGUUUAAAAACUCCCUAAUAUCAUUCAUAAGACCAAUCAGUUAUCGUGCCUCCUCAAAUAGAAGGUCCAGUACUUCGACUCCAGACAUCGCUGUUUCCUCGUCCUUACCGAAAGCCUGUAAGUCCAUACAAAGUAUUUCCUUCAGCGUCUUAUUCAGUUACCUAAACAUCUAGUUGACAUUUACAUUUGAAAAGUUAUUUAUUUAUUCAUUUGAACACAUAAGCAUUGGUAAAAUAGUACACCAAAUAGAUAUGCGCCACACAAUAACGUUGAGGCCAGUAGCAAAUUCAUUUCACUGGAUUAUACUCCUUGAAUAACAUCUUCAAACCCUAAUCUUUUCGAUUACUGCUUAUACUCUUACUACGUUUACCGCUGCGGGAUUUGAAUCGACAACUGCAUCUCUGUGCUAAUGUGGUAUUGCACCUCGACCUGAUGUACGUACGUACGAAGUUCUACGUUGUUACUGACUGACUGAGCAGUUAUCAUUGAUUUCUGUGAGGGCUGUAAUACUGCCCGGGUGCCCGAACCGACGCAGGUGGUUUUCUCAGGGGACCACACCCCGGGCCUUUGACCUAGAAGUCUGAUCCACAAGGCAGUGGAGCAACUUUAGGAAACGCAAUCCCAUGGUAGCCGAUGACUAACAAUAUGUUCAUACGCCAUUUGCUCCUUUAGGUCACUGGAGCUGAAGUGCAUCAUUAGUUUGGAAUCAGGGUUUCCUAACUCCCCUAGGUAGAUUCUCCAUAUCCACCAACCCGGUUAAUGCGCCGGACAUUUGUUUUUCGUCCUCUUUUUCGUAAACAUCACUCCCUCCAGGUAUCAGAUUACAUCAAAUUUUCACUAACUAGAAUUAACUGUUUGGUUAGUACCGGAAUUAUGAAUCUUGGGAAGUUGUGUAGUAAAAUUGACUUAAUUGAAAUAGGUCUUGUAUUUUAGCUUCACUCGCCACACUUUUUUGUGCAUACUAAAUAGUUUUGUAAUAUCUACGGUCAAUACUAUGUAUUCUACAAUGUUGUAUCCUACAAAUUGCACCUCAACAUAUUAUGUCCAACUCACAAUACUUUUAGAUAUACAACCCUUUUAGUUUAACUCAACUUCAUUUCCCUUUCGAGUGACAAAACGGAAGGCAGAACAAUAUUCUAAGAAAAAUGAAAUGAUUACGGAACAGUGUACCCUUCCAUCUAAAGCGAACAAACCUGCGGAGUGGAUAGCAUGUGAUAAAGUUGUCGUCCGUGAUCAAGUUCGUUGGCAAUCAAUCACUUCAUCCAAACCAUUUGUAUACCAUCCUAAGACCCUGAAACCAAUUGUGUAUGCUUAUCCUACACUACCCGCUAAAUCGAAUUCCUCAGCUCAUCUUUCGUGUAGUCCCACAAUGAAAGUAGAUAAAGAAGCUCAAACAGAUAGUAAUCAUACCAUUAUAUUUAAUAUUGAAGAUAUAAUCAGAGCUCAGCGUAAUUUAGCAUCUACCAAUCAAAAUUCACAUCUAUCAUCUGAUGGUACGGAUGACAGUAAAGAGUCACUUCAGAAGGCGUUAGAAUUACAACAGAGAAUUAACGCCGACUUAAAAAACUUAUUGGUAUCUGCUAUGUCUGGUAAUUUAAAUGUGGCUCAACAGCUAAUCGAUUUAAUCAGUAGUAAUGCAUACCUUUGUGGUCAAAGUGAAGGUUUAGCCCAUCAGAAAUCUGUUCUACAAGAAGCCGCCAACACAGCCGAAAUUGUAGCUGAUGUAUGGCAGACAAAAUGUAUUGCUAGUCGUGCUGUAGCGGGUGAAGCAGCUAAACAUGCCACCAUGUCAGUGCAUCAGGCACAUUUAGCUCGACACGCGCUGGCGCAUCUUCUUGGUGAACGUGCACAAAUACGUCGAUAUCUAAGUCAAGCAAUCCCUUUGUUAUCUGAUUAUUGUAAUAAACACGAUAUUAAACUAAAUAAACCGAUUAAUCAGACAUGUAGUACACUAAGCUUGACAUCACUGUGUUUUGAUUUGGCUUUAGCGAUAUCACCAAAUGCUAGUAUCCAACCGAUUCAAUGCUCUUCAGAUACAGUUGGUGAAGAGUUGGCACAAUAUGUUCUGACAAGAGUCAAUAAUAAGAAUAUUCUUAAAUACGAUCGUAUGUUUCCCACCACAUCAACUGCAUUUGGUGCUUCAACAACUGCCCUGUCUACAAUACCUCCUCUGGAAACAACUGAAACUGAUGAUUUACUUUUGAAAACACUUGAAUUAUUUCAGUCUACUGGAAAACGAAAGCAUGAUCUGGAAUUGUUUUCUUGUUCAAAAUGUGUGGGAGAUGUUCUUGUGAUAUGAUUUUAAUUCCAAACAUUUCGCCAAAAAUAUUGGUGAUACCUUUUGAAAAUAACAACUAACCUCUUAAUCUUUUAUAUUUCACUACAGAUUAAUUAUAAAUUAAGACAUUUAGUG